AUGGAACUCCUUCACAUAUUCCCAUUUCGUCUCUUACCGCUGUCACUUCCUGCUUUCAUAUCCGCCAAAUUAGCCCCGCUCUAUCUUUCGAUCGGAAUUUCCAUUUCCAGACCCUCAUUUUUCCAACCCGGACCCUCUCUUGACUCCCCGAAGACCUCUCUCUUCCUCGGCUGUCAGCAAAGCAGGUUGGUUUCUGGGCUUGGAGAUAAGAAGAAAAUGAGCAUGCCCGAGAUAGUUAAAGCGGUUGACCCGGUUUUGCAUGAGCCGGCAAGGGAGGUUGACCCGAAUGAAAUAGGGUCGGAGCGGAUACAGAAGAUAAUUGCUGAUAUGGUUCGGGUUAUCUAA